GAUAACCAGAAAAUCUUUGGCCUCCGAUCCAUGAAGAAGACCGUGGUUCUCUACCCCGGCCUCGCCGUCAGCCACUUCAUGCCCAUGAUGCAGCUCGCCGACGUCCUCCUGGAAGAAGGCUACGCCGUCGUGGUCGCGCUCAUCGACGUCACCAACGAGCGCAACACCACCUUCGCCGCGGCCAUCGACCGCGCCAUGGCAUCAUCCUCUAAGCUGGCGGCCACCUUCCACACGCUCCCCCGAAUCCGCGACCCUCCCACCGUCACCAACGACGUCAACCUGCUCCUCGGAUACUUCGAGAUCAUACGGCGCUACAACGAGCACCUCCGCGAGCUGCUCCGCUCCAUCCCUCGGCAGAGCGUCCACGCGGUGGUCGUGGACUCGCUCUCCAACGCGGCGCUCGACGUCGCGGCCGAGCUCGGCGUCCCGGCCUACAGCUUCUUCGCCUCCAACGCCUCCGCGCUCGCUGUAUGCCUCCAGCUCCCCUGGGCCCGUGCGGAAGGCCAGCCGCCGAGCUUCAAGGAGCUAGGAGACGCCACUGUCAACUUCCACGGCGUCCCACCCAUGCCGGCUUCUCACCUCAUUCCCGAAGUGCUCGAGGACCCCGGCACUGAGAUCUACAAGGCGAUGAUGAACUCGCUGAGCAAGAAUCUGGAGGCCGGCGGCAUACUGGUGAACACGUUCGCGUCGCUAGAGGCUCGGGCGGUGGCGGCCCUCAAGGACCCGCACUUUCUCGCCGAAAGCAGGCUCAGGAUGCCUCCCGUGUACUGCGUCGGGCCACUCGUCGAGAAGGCUGCUGAGACGAAAGAGGAGCACGCGUGUGACGCGUGUCUCGCAUGGCUCGACGAGCAACCGGAGCUCAGCGUCGUGUUCCUGUGCUUCGGAAGCGUAGGGUCAAGCAACCACUCGGAGACGCAGCUUAAGGAGAUCGCCGUCGGCCUCGAGAGAUCCGGCCAGCGGUUCCUCUGGGUGGUGCGAGCUCCUCUCGGCGACAACCCGGAGAGGGAGUUCGGCGACAAGGCUGACCCGGACCUGCAGGCGCUCCUGCCCGAAGGGUUCCUGGAGAGGACCAGAGGGCGCGGCCUUGUCGUCAAGCUAUGGGCGCCGCAGGUGGCGGUGCUCCAGCACAAGGCGACGGGCGCGUUCGUGACGCACUGUGGGUGGAACUCUGUGCUGGAGGGGGUCAUGGCCGGCGUGCCGAUGCUCUGCUGGCCGUUGUAUGCGGAGCAGAAGAUGAACAAGGUGCUCAUGGUGGAGGAGCUACGGAUCGGCGUGGAGCUUGCUGGGUGGCACCAGCAUGGGUUGGUGAAGGCCGAAGAGCUGGAGGCCAAGGUGAGGCUGGUCAUGGAGGCCGAGGAAGGGGAGCAGCUUAGGGCGCGCGUGAGAGCACACAAAGGGCAUGUUUGGUUCCAUGAGACUAAACUUUAGUCCCUCUUUUUUAGUCCUAAAUUACCAAAAAUAGGACUAAAGAGAGAGGAGGAAAUCUGAUUUAUUCUCUUUUAUUUCCUAUAUUUAGUAAUUUAUGGACUAAAAUAGACUAAAAGGGAGGGACUAAAGUUUAGUCCCAUG